AUGGUGUCUCCAAACAUGAAUCAAGAGAAAGCAUGUGUACUAGUUAGAGUAUGGGAGCAAAUAAGAGAUUUUCCAAAGGUUCUUAUGAAGAAGGUGCUAUGCAUUUGUAGGUUAUCAAAAGAAAUAGCACAAGAUGACCCAAGAAAAGUGAUUCAUUCACUAAAAGUUGGACUUGCAAUCUCUUUGGUGUCUCUAUUUUACUACUAUCAACCACUUUAUGAAAAUUUUGGUCUUUCAGCAAUGUGGGCAGUGAUGACUGUGGUGGUGGUUUUUGAGUACACAGUUGGAGCUACUUUAGGAAAAGGUUUGAAUAGGACAAUGGCAACAUUGGCAGCUGGUGCUUUAGGUGUUGGGGCUCAUUACUUAGCUAGCUUAUCUGGAGAGACAGGGGAACCAAUUCUAAUUGGAUUCUUUGUAUUUCUACAAGCUGCUAUAGCAUCUUUUAUAAGGUUCUUUCCCAAAGUGAAAUCAAGAUAUGAUUAUGGGAUGCUUAUAUUUAUCUUGACAUUCUCUUUAAUAUCUGUAUCUGGAUUUCGUGAUGAUGAAGUAUUAAAAAUGGCUCAUAAGAGGUUAUCCACCAUUUUUCUUGGAGGUUCUGCUUGUGUUAUGAUUUCCAUUUUUGUUUGUCCUGUUUGGGCUGGUGAAGAGUUGCAUGAUUCAAUUGCUAUCAAGUUGGAAAUACUUGGUGACUUCUUAGAAGCAUUUGUUGGUGAGUACUUUAAAACAACAAAGGAAGAAGAAUCUAAAGAUAAAAAGUCAUUUCUUGAAGGUUAUAAAAGCAUUCUAAAUUCUAAAAGCAAUGAUGAGUCACUGGCCAAUUUUGCAAGAUGGGAACCAGGUCAUGGCAAGUUCAAAUUUCGUCACCCAUGGAAUCAAUACCUUAAAAUUGGUGCACUUUCUCGUCAAUGUGCAUAUCGAAUGGAAGCUCUAAAGGAACAACUCAAUUCUGACACCAAAGGAUCACACGAAAUUCGUAGUACAAUCCAAGAACUAUGCACAGAAAUGUGUUUAGAAUCAAGCAUGGCUUUGAAACAAUUGAGUUCAUCAAUAAAAACAAUGACAAGAAACUCAUCACCAGAAACUCACGUCGCAAACGCAAAAGCCGCAGUAAAAAGCCUUAACUCAUUGCUUCAAUCAAGUUUAUGGAAAGAAGCAGAUCUUUUAUCAGUUAUACCAGCUGUGACAGUUGCUUCAUUACUAAUUGAUAUUGUUGAUUGCACUGAGGAAAUAGCUGAUUCUGCUAAUGUUCUUGCUUCAAUCAUAAAUUUUGUUGUUGAUGAAACAAAUGAAAAAUUACCUAAAGAAGUGUCACAAUCUCCAACUUGUGAAUGUGCUGAACCAGAUCCUAAGAUUGAGAAUUCACAUGUGGUUAUUAUAGUUGAUGAUUCAAAAUGUAAUAAAUGUAACAAAAUUUGAUUGUUGAUAUACAUGUAUAUGACUAAUCAAGAGACAUAAUUUAAUUUUGUUAGUGGAAUAAAAAAUAUACCAUGUUGGUAUACCCUUAUGAUUA